AUGGAGCAAUUGGUAGAGGAAAAGCACCAAAACCACCCAAUGAUGGUUCUCGAGACUCUGGUGAUUUUUGAUAUUUGGCUGAUGAUCAAGACACGAUGGUUCAUUAUCAAGUUCAUCGAAUUUAUAACUCCCAUAGUGAAAGUUAUGUUUUUCAUGACUCUCGGCGCUAUUUUGCUGUUAACCUACGUGUUUGCUUACGGCAAAUUCGACAUCGAUCAGAAAGUCGGUUUCCACCCGGCUUGCAAAAAAUACCAACCUGCGGUUGGCAAGUACCUUGAAAUCGGCGAUGACUCGCGAUCAGAGGCCAUUACACCGCUGAGAAAGGAGCUGAUUAGAAUCAAAAGCGAGUCCAGGAAUCUUAAAAAGACACUGUAUCAAAUGAAUAAUCAAUUGACAAAUUUGUACAAUCGUCGGAGCAAUCUAGCAGAUUUCGCGUCGGAGGCUGUGGGCGGGCUCGUAGUAGAUACUCCAGAUACUCAUUCUUAUACCAAGCCAGAGUCAAAUCAAGUGACAAUUUUUGGAAUACCCCUUUGGAAAGUUAAUCAUUACACACCUCGCAAAGUUAUCCAGCCUUGGGUCGAACCCGGACAAUGCUGGUCGUUCCGCGGAUCACAUGGAAAAAUUGAGAUAGAAUUAGCCCACCCAGCAAUCAUAGAACGCGUCACUUUGGAGCAUAUACCGGCAAGUGCAUCUUUGACCGGAAGUAUUGAUGAGGCUCCUAAGGCUUUUAACGUGCUGGGUAAACUUGAAGACGAGUACAUCACCAUUGGCUCAUUCACGUAUAGUAACACAGGACUCCCUUCUCAGAUUUUUGAAAUUAAGAAGCCAAAUAUAAAAACAGCUUUCAAAAGAGUUAUACUUGAGAUUUUAUCAAACUGGGGCAAUCUGGAAUACACCUGUGUCUACAGAUUUAAAGUUCAUGGGAAGAUGUACAUUAACAAUUUAGAUAAAGUGUGAAG